UUUCAAGUCUUAUAUAUACACACACGACCAACGAGAAAAAACAACUAUCUAAAUGGCCACCGGACGAUUCUUCCAAGAACUAGAGUUACCGGAACAAAAAACUUACAGCAACGGCGUUGUUUUCCCGGUGGUGUUGACACCAACCGCUAACACGAAUAUCACCGCCUUUGAAGAGGCGAUAAGAGCCGAGAAGCCAUGGCUAGAAUCUCUAUUAAAGGAAAGUGGUGUUAUUCUCUUCCGAGGCUUCCCGGUUACCACUGCUUCUGAAUUCAAUGAUGUCAUUGAAGCUUUUGGCUACCCUGAAGCGCCCUAUGUAGGCGGCAGGGCAGCUCGAACCCAAGUUGUUGGUCGGGUUUACACUGCCAAUGAAACCCCACCGGACGUUAAAAUUCCUUUCCAUCACGAGAUGGCUUACGUUCCAGAAUUCCCCUCCAAGAUAUCAUUCUUUUGUGAGGAAGCACCAGGAAGCGGGGGGCAGACUCCAAUAGUUUUGAGUCAUAUCGUAUAUGAAAAGAUGAAAGAGAAGCACCCAGAGUUCGUCGCAAAACUUGAGGAGCAUGGAGUGACGUAUAUAAUAUUAACCGGCGAUGAGGACCAGCCAUUGUCCUCCACUGGUAGAGGUUGGAAGACCGCAUAUGAUACCGACGACAAAAAAGUUGCCGAGGAAAGGGCAGCAAAGCUGGGAACAAGGCUAGAAUGGAUAGGGAAUGCUGCAAAAGUUAUAGCGGGUCCAAUGCCUGCCAUCAGAUUCGACAAGGAAACUCAACAGAAAACUUGGUUUAAUAAUUUGACCGGCCCCACAAACGGUCCUCGUAAAAUUCACGAUAAGGGGGCGUUUGCUGAGCUCGGAAAUGGUGAAGCUGUGGAUGAUGAUGCGAUGGAUGAUUGUGUGAAGAUCUUGGAAGAAGAAUGUGUGGUAGUACCUUGGAAGAAAGGUGAUGUUAUGCUUGUUAAUAAUUUGACAGUACUUCAUGCGCGCGAGCCACUGCUAAAACCACCUCGACGCGUACUUGCAUCCCUUUGCAAGUGACUGUGGUUUCACCUUAUGAACCACCACAUUUGGCUUUCACUUAGCAAACCAAUAAUCUUUCUUGUAAAACACUAAUAAAUGAUAUAUAUUGCAAGAACGAAAAGAGAAUAGUUGGAAAUGGUUUUUGAAAUAAUAUAUAUUGCAAGAACGAAAAGAGAAUAGUUGGAAAUGGUUUUUGAAAUAAUAGCAUUGUGUACCUUUCAUUUUU